AUGAAUGAGAAUAUUAGAAAUACUUUACUUUACGUCUUCUCCUUAGGAUCUUUGCCAGGAGAGCACAACCAUCAGAUCUUGAAUCUGUUGUCACCUCUGAAUCUGUCCCGCAGUGAGACCUGUUCAGGGCACAGCUCUGGGGUGAGCAGCGAAGGAGCCAGCUCUGAAAGUCAGUGGAGCAAAGUUGGCCGGCAUUACGGAGGCUCCAGCACCUUCUGCCACUUCAGCUUGGCCAUGGCGGAGCAGUGUCUGAGGGGAGAAGAGCUGCGAGCUCGACACCAGGCUGCCCUCCUCAAGCUCCGCAAAAAAGCUCUCCGGGAGAAAGCCAGAGCUGAGCUGGCCUGGCUGGACCACCAGAAAUGCUGUCUGGAAAACUUGCAAGACAGUAAGGGAGCCUCUGUCAUGGCCACAAAGCAGCACAAAAUCCUAAUGGAGCUGAAACAGGAGCAGGCAGAAAUCCAGCACCUGCAGAACAUCUACAGGGCAGCCCAUCAGGAAAGAAAGCUUUUAUUAAAGCAGCAAAGAGAAAUCUUAAUGAUGAGACACUCAACAGCACAACUCCAGGAAAAGCUGCACAAUUUGACUGGGAAGCAAGAGGUUAAGUCACAGUCAUUAGAUGUCUUGGUGGGUGUUUUGAGCAGAUAA